AUGAAGUCAGAGUGGCUCAUGUCCGAUGAAAUAAUUGGAAAAUUGUUCAUCCCCAACGAGAUGGUAUCUGUUCUAAGUUCCAAUGACGAAAGUGGGGGUAUCAAUUUCAAUACUCUCCUAAUUGAACUCGAAUUGCAAGAAUUAGAAGCCUCCCCCGAGCUAUGUCACGUGUGGGAAGUUGGUAAGAAACUGUGGAGGAAAGAUUAUCAGGGAGUUUAUGAAUGUCUGUCGAAAGAUUGGGGAGUCCACCUUAAACCUAUCAUGGAGUCUCUACUCGACUCAACGAGACAUCACUGUCUAGACUUGAUCUCGAUGGCCUACUUCUGUAUAUCGUUGCAGGAUGUUGUCAACAAAGUCGGUGUCACCGGAGACAGAUUGCUAGAGAAAACGAAAGUAAAGAUGGAAGACGAUGACGACAGAUACCUGGAAGAACUCACUCAUUAUGUAUCAUUUCUCGAAAAUUAA